AUGGCAGCCACCAAUCACUCCUUCUUCCAGCACCUCCACUUUGUCCUGACAGGAAUCCCGGGACUAGAAAGAGGAUAUUAUUGGAUGGCACUCCCAUUAGGUUUCAUUUAUGCCAUUGCCAUCUUGGGCAAUGGCAUCAUCAUCUCUACAAUCAAAUCUGAAACAUCUCUGCACAUCCCUAUGUACUACUUUCUGUGUAUGUUGGCACUGGCAGACCUAGGCUUGGCCCUCUGCACUUUGCCCACCAUGCUGGGUAUCUUCUGGUUUGACUAUAAACUCAUUGCUUUUGAUGCUUGUCUGGUCCAGAUGUACUUCAUUCACACUUUCUCUGCCAUUGAGUCAGGAGUGCUAGUGGCAAUGGCCUUUGAUCGAGUUGUGGCUAUAUGGAACCCACUUAGGUAUGGCACCAUCCUUACCAGUGGGGUAGUCUGCAGAAUAGGGGCAGCCAUUCUUACACGGGCUGUAUGUGUGGUAUUUCCUGUGCCAUUUCUCAUUAAGCGGCUCCCCUUCUAUCGUUCCAAUGUCCUGUCCCAUUCUUUUUGCUUACACCAGGAUGUCAUGCGCCUUGCCUGUGCCAGUACCCGUGUCAAUAGCCUCUAUGGUCUUAUUGCUGUUAUUUUCACUAAAGGUUCAGAUUCACUCUCUAUCCUCCUUUCCUAUAUAUUUAUCCUACGCACAGUAUUGGCCAUUGCCUCUGGAGAGGGUCGACUAAAAGCACUCAACACUUGUGUUUCCCAUAUCUGUGCUGUGCUCAUCUUCUAUGUGCCUCUCAUUGGUGUAUCUGUUAUUCAUCGCUUUGGGAAGCAUCUAUCCCCUCUGACUCAUGCCCUCAUGGCCAAUGCCUAUCUCCUUGUUCCCCCUGUGCUAAACCCCAUAGUCUACACUGUGAAGACCAAGGAAAUCCGAAGGAAGAUUAUACAGAUAUUUUCUCAGACAAAAGUCACUGUGGAGAGUUAG